AUGCAAAAUGAGGACAAUUAUGGUAUGGAACAUUCGCUUCUUGCUGACAGAAUAUCAAGAGUAGUAGUUGAUAAAUUCAAUCGAUUAAAUAUCAAGUCGGGAAAGCCUACGGUUAGGUCGAACGGUGUUCAAGAAUGGACUGUCUUAGCAGGUUUGGUUGCGUUGAUAUGUACAAAUGAUAAGCAAGAGCCAGAGAUAUAUCCAAUAACCUUGGCUACAGGUGUGAAGGCAUUACCUAAUAGAGUUAGAGAAUUUUCUGAAGGUUCCAUGGUCCACGAUCUCCAUGCUGAAAUUUUAGCUAUCAGACUCUUUAAUUGGUUUUUAUUAGAUGAAUGCGCUAAAGUAUCAGAGAAAGAUGCUGAAUAUGUCAGUAAAAUAAUUGAAAGGAGCCAAAAUAAUAGAUCCCAAUUCAAACUUAAAGAUAAUAUUGAACUAGCUUUACUUGUGACAGAACCUCCUUGCGGAGAUGCAUCAAUCAGUUAUUUGACAGAGACUUUAGAUGAUAAAGAGCCUUGGAAGGAAGAAACAAAUUCUAGUAAAAGGCAGAAGCUUAAUUCAGAUGUGGCCGUGACACGAGGACGAACGAACUUCGAUAAAUUAGGCAUCGUGAGAACUAAACCAGGUAGAUCUGAUAGUGUAAUAACAUUAAGUAAAUCAUGCUCAGAUAAGCUAUGCUUGAAGCAGCUUAUAGGAAUUACAAAUGCCAUUACCAGUCUUUUGUUUCCAGGUGGCAUAUAUCUUAACUAUUUGGUUUUGCCCAAAAACAAGUUCAAGGAAGAAGAUAUAAAUAGAUGUUUCAACCACAGGUUUACUCAUAAGCUUGAGGGAGAAAAGGAUAUUUAUCCUUUAAAAGUCAUCGGGUACAGUAAAGAUGAGUAUCCAUUCCAUAAACCAAAGCAAAAUUCUCCAGAUGUCCCAUCACAACUUUCUUUAUUGCAUAUUAUUCCAUCAAAAUAUAUUCAAAUUCUAAAUAAUGGUGUUAAGAAUGGCGCCUUCGUCAAAAACAAGCGUCCCAAGACACAAGGAGAGAGUAUAGUUUGUAACAGACAAGUGUAUAAAAAGGCCCAACCUCUUCUUGAUCAAGACGUGGCGACCUAUACAAACUUGAAAAAAGUAAACACUAGGAGACAGGAAUUAAAGAUAAAAGGAAGAGAAACCCUUACUAACUGGGUGUCGACUGAUGAAGACGAUUUUGAUUUAUUAUGA